GAGAAUCAGAGAUAGGUUUGAUAAUCAUGUUUGCUGACCGCUUCCAGAUGAACUACAUAAUUGCAAACAUGUAAGUCGAUGGAGCUUUACUCAGUUUAAUUGCAAGAAAAAGAUAAGUUAGUUGCACAUUUUCAUUCAGUUGAGUUAUAUCUUUUUCCAAGAAUGGAUGGUUCAUUUCGUGUUUUGGCUAUUCAAAGUCAUGUAGCUCAUGGCUAUGUAGGUAACAAAUGUGCCGCUUUUCCUCUGCAGGUUCUCGGCUUCGAGGUGGACAACAUAAACUCGGUUCAGUUUUCCAACCACACCGGUUAUGAAAAUGGCUUCAAAGGACAAAUGUUAAACGAGAAAGAGCUCUCUGAACUGUACUCCGGGCUAGAGGGCAAUAAUCUGCAUCUGUUGUAUACACAUCUGCUAACAGGUUAUGUUCGAGAUCCAUGCUUUCUGAAAGAAAUUGCCUCAAUUUUGAAAUCACUCAAAUCGACUAACCCAAAACUAAUUUAUUUAUGCGAUCCAGUAAUGGGCGAUGACGGUUUCAUGUACGUUCCCAAGGAGCUGUUGCCCAUCUAUCGGAAUGAAAUUAUUCCGUUGGCUGACAUUGCAACUCCGAACCAAUAUGAAGCAGAACUUUUAACGGAACGUUCGAUCAAAAGUGAAGCCGAAGCACGUGGUGCCAUGGAAUGGUUUCACCGAAAAGGAGUUGAAACGGUUUGCAUAUCUUCGGCUGAAUUUGAAAAACCCAAUACGCUGUACGCUUUUGUCAGUCAUGAAAAUGAAAACUCAUCUCAACGUUAUUGCAUAGAAAUUCCUAAACAGGGCAAUGGUAUUCGAUUUACCGGAACCGGAGAUCUGUUCGCAGCUCUUUUCCUGGCUCACGCUACAUUAACUGGCUUUGAUAUGAAAACAACCUUGGAGAAAACUGUGGCCACUGUGCAGGCCGUCAUAGGAAAUACCCUGGAGAACAUACCAGAACCUGUUAAAGAGGGCAAAGUUAAAGUUACAUCGGCACAGCGUGAGCUGAAGCUGAUUCAAACCAAAAGUAGGAUUGAAUGUCCGGAAAUUAAGUUACUUUGUCAACCGUUUUGAUAAAAUUAUAUUACCUUGAAAAAGGGG